UCCCUGUCGACCACCCCCACCGCCUCUUGACCAUGUUGCUAUGUGUACGCUGGAUCCAGCCUCUCCUUGCUUUGCUCUCCUCUGCCUUACUGACGUGGGGGGCAAUCUGCCCGCCCAGUUGCUUGUGCCCGGACCCCCACACGGUGGACUGCAGUGGCCGGGGGCUGACUCGCCUGCCAGAACCCCUCCCGCUGGAUGUCCGCCGCCUCCUGCUCUCCAACAAUUGGAUCCCCAAGAUUCCUUCUGACUUCCUGGUCCUCUACAGUGACCUCGUCUACCUGGACCUCCGUAACAACUCAAUCACCCAGAUUGAGGCAGGCACCAUCAGCCCCUCCUCCAGGCUGGUCUUCCUGGACCUGGGCAGCAACAACCUGACAGAGAUCCCGACGGGAACCUUUGGGGAGUCCCGAAGCCUCAUCAAGCUACGCCUGGGAAGCAACCCGUACCUCAGCAUGGUCAGCGAGGACGCCUUCUUGGGCCUCACUUCCCUGCGUGAACUCGAGCUGGAGCGCAAUGCCCUGUCCAGCCUGCAGGUCGGCGCCCUCAGCCAGCUGCCAUCCCUUAAGGUGGUGCGCCUUGAGGGGAACCCCUGGGUUUGCGACUGUGACUUUUCCGAACUCUUUGCCUGGCUGGUGGAAAACAGGGACAAGCUUCCCAACGGUGUCGAAGGUUUGGAAUGCAUGCUGCCCAUGGAUGGCCAGAGGGUGACGCUGGACCAGCUCACACAGGACAGCUUCCAGAAGUGUAACGAGACCCUAACCCUCACCGACUUACUCAUUAUCAUCUUCUCCGGCAUCUCAGUCUCUGUGGCCGCCAUCAUGACGAGUUUCUUCCUGGCCUCCACUGUCCACUGUUUCCAGCGUUGGGGCAAAGGUUCUAAACAAGAUGAUGAUGAUGACGAAGAAGAAGACUGAGGAAGGGCCACCCCCCCAAACCCAAGAGCGGAGGAUAGAGCUUGCAUCUCUCAUGAUGACUAUGUCCAGGGGUUAAAGGUCAUAUCACUCAGUGAUAAAAUGCCUGACCGCCGUGUGUCAGAGCUAUUGAAAACAUCUGAUCUGUAGCUCCAGCUUUCAGACGUGGACUUGCACACGUGAGUGUGCUCACCCCUUAAAAUCGAGUUCUGCAUUAGUGUCUAAACUGCCACGGAUCUCCAUGAACGUUGUGCUCCUUUCAGAGCACUUCCAGUGUUUUCCAGUCGAACUUCGGUCUGCAUCUCCAUGUGAAUGUGAGUGCUGCAUCUCACUCUCCUGGUUGGGCUCUUGGCCCUGUGAUCCAGACCAUGCAGAACCUCGUUGCUAAGAACAGAACCCAAAAUAAGGGGUACAAAACUGCCAGUUUUCAAAAAAGCAAAUAAUAACCAUGAAAAAUUAAUUUACGUACAUUUUUUGAGCCUAAGAUACUGCUUUUCUUCUGGCCCAAUAUCCUUAAAUUCUUCCCCAUAUAUACAUGUAUGUAUAUAGAACCUUCCCAAAAAAUAGGUACAUAGAAAUUUUUAAAGCAGUAUCAGAUUUUGCAAGUCUCGUAUAGUUCUAAGGGACGAACACCAUUAAAUAAAACAAAUAGGUUAGUUUAGAGCUGAGCAAAAAUUGCACUUUAAACGGGAAAAGCUGUACGUAAGUCCCCUAGGCCGGUGGCCAUCGUGGUUUUUUAGAAAUGCCGAACUCUGGGAUUCUGGGGACUCUGCCACUUGUCGACUUCCGCUGUGAGUGUUCUCAUCUCUGUUCAUCUCUUACAGCAAUACGGCCACACAUGCACAUAAUCUCCGGUAAACUCGUGCGUCAAUGAAAUGUAACCUCGUGUUUCCAAAUCCGUGUUCUUUGCUUGCUGCUGACUUAUAAACUGAGCUUAUAAACAAAGUCUUAAAGUGAUAGCACCUAACAGAAUUACCACAGAUAUCUAGUAAUUUAGCUUGUCAUGAUGGCCGUGUUUAAGAAGUUGACUUAUAUACUGAAUGAAAACUUUGAGAAGCUAGUAUCACAUGCCUGAAAAAUCAGUAAAAUAUCUCCAGGAAAAUGUGAUGCCUGUAUUAGUCAGUACGGGAUGUGUUUCCCAUCGUUUUACACUGUACUCUCAAAGAAAAAUGUAUACAACGUUUGAUGGUUGUGGUUCUAUAGGACAAUUAACUAGCUAUGGAUUGUAGGUGAAUUGCUAAGCUUGUAAUGCUAACUUGUUACUUUUAGCAGACCAAAAUAAAUUUUAAUGCAGGUGUUGCAAUAAUUUCAGGGGGCAGACAGGUAAAUUUGUGAGGUCCUUUGGUUUGAUAGACACUCGUAAUUAAAACCCUGUUGGUCUGCUUGAGGGAUGUCACACAGCGGUGGUAUUGGUGUGUUCGAUCUCUGUCUGGAUUUGUUAUCGGUCUCCCCUCGAAACUCUUAACUUGAACCCAGACUGCAACUGAUGUCCAAAGAGGGUCGUUGGCAUUUCCGUUGUUUACGGGCUGUUUAAUCGAAGGAGUGACUGUGUCCAUUUAAUCCGUCUUCUCUACCGUUCUUGUCUACUUUAUGUUGACUGCCAGCCUGACCUGUCAAUGAUGAAUCACAGUAGCGUAGCGCUGGUUUCCUGUCCUGUUACUCCUCUGAUUGUGUCUUCUGCCUAGUCCCCAUAGCAAUAAUUUGGGGAAUCAUUUUGGUUUUAUAUGUAUCAGAAAAUCUGUAACAGUGUUUCAUAACAUAUAACUGCUGUAACCGAUUCCUAUGAGAAUAUUGUAUAAUACAUGCCAGCAUUAUAAAUUUAUAUAACUUAUAAAUAGUGCCGUUUUUACCAAGGAAAACGGUUCUUGGCAUUGUGAGCAUUUCCAUCGCCUAUGUACUACUAACCCUGAAUGUUAAGCUGGAUUGCUUGUGGGUCUCACUCCAUCCAGCUGGGAUGCUUCCUGUCCUUCUCACAUGGGUCUGAAGGAAGGUGAGAGGCCACAGUCGCAGAGCAAAGCGCCUCUUGGUGUCUGAUCUCUCUGCUAUUUGUAGCACACAUUCUUUUUAAUUAAGAUAAGCCCAAGUGCUAAAGCUCAAAUGUUCAUUAUUUACACCUAUUUCUCGUGGUUCUGUGGUCACAUAUACCAUGUUCCAAAUUAUUAUGAUGCCAUUUUUGGUUUAUUCUAAAUAUCAACUCUAUUUAGGUAGUUUUUAUUGUCAACAAUGCUAUUGAAUAUAGAUGUGAACAGAAGCGAAUAAUACCUGAUAACGUUUUUUUAUAUAUAUUCUGAAACAAACACAAAAUGCAGUGUUCCAGAUUAUUAUGCUGAGUGCAGUUUUGGAAUAGCCAGUGUGCCCUAAGUGACUCGAAACAGAAAUCUGUUAUAUUCGAUAAAUAAAAAAGUUGUUCUUCAAAAAAAACAAACAUCUUAAGAGAACUAGAUGCCUGUUAAUGUAUAUGCCCUUGGUGAAAUUACAUUAGUAACUCUCUCUCACUGCCAUCCACUCAUAUGAAUUUUCCUUUUUUGAAAACGCUCCAAUCCAUAAGUUCUCAAUAAGGUUGAGGACCGAGGUGAUGGUGGUCCAACCAUGAUUCACCCUUUUCAUGCCCAAGGCCUCCUAGGAGUUGGUAGCCUUCUUAGCUGCAUGUGAUGGUGACGUUCCUGCAAGAACAUCAUUUCAUUUUGGAAGCCAAGACUUCUUUUUAUACCAGGACAGGAAAUGUUGUAUUGGGACCUUCACAUAUACUGCCAAUUUAACACCAUUAUGGAUUCUAAAGGGCCCUACCAUCUCUCUUCCCAUAAUUCCUGCCCAAAACAUUACUCCAAGACCACCUUGUUGAUGCCAGAGUCUGGUGGGCGUAGGGAAGCCAUUGGCCAGCCAUCAGAAACUGGGCCAUCCAGUGUAACACAGCAUUGAUAAAUCUGCUAGAAAAUUAUCUUUUUUGAAUGUCUGAGCUCAUUGGAUAAUUUUAUGUUUGCGAGUCUCGGUCAGGGGUGACUGAAAUGCAAAAGUACCACAACUUCCAGCCUGUGGGAGAUCCCACAUUGAGAUGUUCCUGGAAUCUCAGGAUCGGCUGCAGUUUUAAAGCUUGAUGGUGCAAUUUUUAUACGUAGCUGCCCCUUUUAAUGAGAACUGCCAAAAGAAACUUUCUGUAAUGAUCCUUCAUUUGAUGUACUUCAUCUGAUCUCUGAAUCACUCACAAUUUUUUAACAGUUAUCCUGAUAAAUCAAUUGUUUUCAUGCUUUUUGCAAGACAUUACACUAUUUCACGCUUUGCAGCACCAGAACGAUCUCUCUUCUUUCCAAAAUUUAACGAGAACUGUGACUUGCCAAAUAAUGUGGAACGACUCCUUUAAGUAGGUUUCCGUUCAAUUAUGAUCACCUGACAAACCAAAUUACGAAACUCUCUGGGAUUGGUGUAUUUUAUCUAAAGAGGCAUGAAAAAUGAAUGAGCUGCAAGAAGAUCACAAUAAAUUCGUAUUUUGCUAGAAGGGUUACUGAUACGUCACUUGCAUAAUAAUUUGGAACACUGUAGUUUUACUUGUGAUUCAGGUUGGCCUCUUCACCUCUGUGUAUGACCUGGUCACAGAAAGCCUUCCUUGCACCCAUUUGUACAGUGUAGUGUGUCAUAAAGGUUCAGGCUUUGCGAGAAUUAUGUCUUUCAUCUGCCACAUUUAUUUUUUGUCCUGUUUGGAUUUCCGCAUGAAUAUAGAUUAAUAGGCCACACCCUCACCUUUCUGUCCCGCUCUCCACUGUCACUUUCUUCCACGUCGAGGAAGCCGGCGCUUUUCGGAGAAAUGGAUUUUUACGUUUUUUUUCUCUCUUUAUCAGCCAUGCUGGUGCAGCAUGACGUAUUGCAGAAAACAUGGAAGACUGCAGCUACCAGCUUUAACGAAAAUAGUCCCGCCAUUGUCUGAUAAGCGCUUCUGCCUGCCAGAGACACGGCUUACUGGAAAGGAGGGAGAGGAAGAGGCAGCGGAAAUGCUGGAAAUUCAGCUACAGCCAUGAGGGGACGUCGUUUUUGUGGUUUCGUGCUGCGUUACUGGCAAAUUUGUGCAGGACGCUCCCUGUUUUUCUGUCACAGUUUGUCCAGGAGUAUCUUUUCGGAUCCAACUACUGUGUAGUUGCAGGCAGAUCCAAUCACCUGCAUUGCAAACAUGCAUGCCCAUGUGUUGUCAAGCUUUCGGAAUGAGACCUGUCACCUCAUCUGUUUGUGUUACUUUCACUCAUCGGCGAUGGUAAUGGGAAAAAAAAAUCUGUAUGUCUAAAAACAAAUUAUUUAUGACACAUGACUCUUAUUUUCAAGUUAACGUCCAGAUUCAUAAGUAUAUAUUUUUAAAUAAAAAAUUUUGGGGUGAUUCUGCAUUGUGUUUUUCUCACAGAUUAUUCUAGGUAUUCUGUGAUUUUAUGCCAUUUAUCAGAGAUUUUACACUGCUCCUGACCAUAACAACAGAUAUUUUUUUUUCCUGAGCAAGUAAUAUUCAAUGGAAAGAUACUCAAAAUAUGUCCGAUUUUAUUAUCCAAGCACAUUCCAA